CUUGCGGAGACCGCUUCCGCCGCUGCACCCCCGCAACCCUCUCCUCCACCUCCCGCGCGCUCCCCUCCAUUUGUCCCCUCCCCCCGCGCUCCCGAUCUUAACCUCCACACCCCGGCCCGGCCUCGCUCCUCUGGCCCCAAAUCUAUCUUAACCACCUUCCUCCUCUUCUUCUUCUCCUUCUUCUUGGAAAGAAAAUAGGAAGGGAGGGGACAGGCUUCCCUGCUUCCGUCGACAGUCAGACAGGGAGGAUGAGCGCCUCCAGGUUCAUAAAGUGCGUCACCGUGGGGGACGGCGCCGUCGGCAAGACCUGCAUGCUCAUCUCCUACACCUCCAACACCUUCCCCACAGACUAUGUUCCGACGGUGUUUGACAACUUCAGUGCUAAUGUCGUGGUUGAUGGCAACACGGUCAACCUCGGGCUAUGGGAUACUGCAGGUCAGGAGGAUUACAACAGACUGAGACCGCUGAGUUAUCGUGGAGCUGAUGUCUUCCUUCUGGCCUUCUCACUCAUCAGCAAGGCCAGCUAUGAGAAUGUUUCAAAGAAGUGGAUUCCUGAGCUGAAGCAUUAUGCACCAGGUGUGCCUAUUAUCCUGGUGGGAACAAAGCUUGAUCUUCGAGAUGACAAGCAGUUCUUUGUGGACCAUCCUGGUGCUGUUCCUAUCACUACUGCUCAGGGGGAGGAACUAAAAAAGCUAAUAGGCGCCCCAUACUACAUCGAAUGCAGCUCGAAGACUCAACUAAAUGUCAAGGGCGUAUUUGACGCGGCAAUAAAGGUGGUACUGGCCCCACCAAAGGCGAAGAAGAAGAAAAAGGCGCAGAGGGGGGCUUGCUCCAUCUUGUGAUCUAAUCAAUCGGUAGACAAAGAACAAGGGCGAAGUUGCCGCCAUGCUAUAUUAUUGUUACGUCUUGCUUCAGCGGAACAGCACUCAUGGUCGUCUCCCCCCACCCUAGGUUACUACCGGCAGCUGCAGCAAGGUCUUUCUUUGUCGAGGCAUCGAGCGAUCCAUUUGUUUCAACUUUCUCCUUCCUGCCUUGUGAUUAUCGCGUGUUGACUGACAAGUCGUGGCAAUUAGGUAACUUGCUUAGAUGGUAUUUUCCCUGUUUGAGACCCCGUAAAAAAAAUAUCUCGUUGUUAUCUCGGUUCCAUAAGUAGAGACAUGAUGUAAUCGCACUCAGUUUAUUUUUUUUCGUUGUUAUUUCACUUCAAUGGAAAAUUAUGUUUCCCUUCU